GCCCCCACACGAAACAAAAGCUUGGUACACGUAGAACAAAAUAAAAGUUGGAGCCUCCAAAGAAACGAGACCUUCACUAGCUCCCCACAUACCAAGAACAGUGUCACUCUAGCUUCUUCCUCUUUCUCUCUAUAAAUCUUUUCCCGAGCCAAGAAAACCACCAUUAAACCCACCACCACCGCCACCUCCUCCACCUCCAUGGCGAUGGCGAUGCACCGGUUCAGCCUCUGCUGCGUCGUCCUCCUCGUGCUCGCGCCGCUCGCCGCCGUCGCGUGGCGGCCGUGGCCGCCACGGAAUGGGAGCGGCGAGGUUGAGGGGAUCGGGGCGUCCAAGAAGUUCGAGGGGUCGUCGGAUUUCGUCAAGCUGCAGUACCACAUGGGCCCCGUCCUCGCCGCCGACAUCACGGUCCACCCGAUCUGGUACGGCCGGUGGCCCGCCGAGCAGAAGCGCACCAUCCGCGCGUUCCUCCGGUCGCUCUCGCCGCCGGGCUCGGGCUCCGGCGAUGGCGGCAUCCCGUCGCCGUCCGUGGCGGCGUGGUGGCGCACCGUGCGGCUGUACACCGACCAGACCUCGGCGAACGUGUCCGGGGUGGUGAGGCUCGGGCGGGAGAAGUGCGACGCGCGCGCGUCGCGGGGCGGGCGGCUGACGCGGCUCGACAUCCAGUCCGUGGUGCGGGACGCCGUGACGGCGCGGACGCGGCCGCUCCCCGUGGACUCGAGCGGCGUGUACCUGGUGCUGACCUCGCCGGAGGUGGUGGUGGAGAACUUCUGCGGGCAGGUGUGCGGCUUCCACUACUUCACGUUCCCGUCGGUGGUCGGGUACACGCUGCCGUACGCGUGGGUGGGGAACUCGGCGGCGCGGUGCCCGGAGGUGUGCGCGUACCCGUUCGCCAUCCCGUCGUACGUGGGCGGGGGGCGGAGGGCGGAGGCGCCGCCGAACGGCGACGUGGGCGUGGACGGGAUGGUGAGCGUCAUCGCGCACGAGCUGGCCGAGCUGGCGUCGAACCCGCUCGCCAACGCGUGGUACGCCGGCGAGGACCCGUCGUUCCCGACGGAGAUCGCCGACCUGUGCGAGGGGAUCUACGGCACCGGCGGCGGCGGCGCGUACACCGGCCAGCUGCUCACCGACGGCCGCUCCGGCGCGUCGUACAACGUCAACGGCGUCGGCGGCCGCAAGUUCUUGGUGCAGUGGGUGUGGAACCCCAUCCUCAGCUACUGCUCCGGCCCCAACGCGCUCGACCAGUAGCCGCCGCCGCCGCCACGCACGAACGCAGUGUUCGUCCGCCCAUGGAUUCGGAUUCCUUUUCUUGGGAAUCCAUGGUAGCUUUAAAUUCUUGUAUAGAUCGAGCCGGUGAAGUGAACAAGGGUGGCGAUGUUUGGGGUUUUGGGUGACUUUGGGUGAAUGGAUGGUAUGUUUGGGGGAGACUGUUUGGAACUUUGAGAUUAUUUUGCUUACCACCAUGGCUCAAAUGCUCAAUUCGUUUGUUUGA